AUGUCGACUCCUUCAGAAGACUCGGGCAGUCCGCUGCAGUCGCCCUCGUCGACAGCCUCUCCACCAGAGUCUCCCGAGUCGAGCCGUCCUCAGAUGCCGCCACAUUCCGUCACUUCACCUCCCCUCUCGUCCGCCGCCAACAUGACCAUGUCGUCCCAGCCUCUUGGUAACGUCAAUGCUGCCAGACGCCCUGCUCCCACCGUCAGCACUCUCGGUCGUGGAGGUGCCGUCAAUCCAGACAUUCUCGCCAGAAUGAAGGCCUUCCACUUGAACAGACAAGGUCCUGCUGCCCAAGGUCGCGCUCCUCCCACCACUCCUGGUGCUACCACUCCAGGCCCCGCUGGCCCGUCUCAGACCGGCCCUCAAAUGCCCCAAAUGCCUGGUGGCCUUCCCGCUAACUUCCGUCUGCCGCCCGGUGUUCCCGGCGCUCGUCCCGGCGCCCCUCCAAGUUUCGCUUCGUCUCCCAAUGUAGGCGGCGCCGGCAGAGGUCCUUCUCUUGCCGAGAAGCGUGGUCUGAAAAUGCCCGGCGGUCUCCCUGGCGCUCCCCCAGCCGCUGGCGGCAGACAAAAACCUAAGAUGACUUUGUCAGCCAUGGGCGGUGGUGCAAAUGGCGAUGCUCCUCCACCCAAGCAAGAGUCCGCCAUGGACAGAUAUGCCGAAUACAUCGACAAGGAAACCGGCAGUCUCAAAUUCAAGGGCAAAGCCGUCCUCAACAGCAAAGGAGUCCAGUUCUCGUCAGGUCAAUCUUUCCAGAUCUCGCUCGACGAUGUGAAAACGCUUGAUGAGCUGGGCAAAGGAAACUACGGUACAGUCUACAAGGUCCGCCAUACCAAGCCCCAGAUGCGCAAGGUCGGUCAAGGUUUGUCUGGAAACAAGUCCGCCCCUGGUGAGGUAGAAGAUGAGGCCUCCGCUGCUCGUGGAAACACAACAGGUAUCGUCAUGGCCAUGAAGGAGAUGCGUCUUGAGCUUGAAGACUCCAAGUUUGCGACCAUCAUCAUGGAACUCGACGUCCUGCAUCGUUGCGCUUCGCCCUUCAUUGUCGAUUUCUACGGUGCCUUCUUCCAGGAAGGAGCCGUCUACAUCUGCAUGGAGUUCAUGGACGGCGGUUCUAUGGAUAAGCUCUACGGUGACGGUGUGCCUGAAAAUGUCCUCCGCAAGGUUACUCUCGCGACAACGCGCGGUCUCAAAUCCCUCAAAGACGAACACAACAUCAUCCACCGUGACGUCAAGCCAACGAAUAUCCUGGUCAACACUGCUGGUGCAAUCAAGAUUUGCGAUUUCGGUGUCAGUGGAAAUCUGGUUGCUUCUAUCGCAAAGACAAAUAUCGGAUGUCAGUCAUACAUGGCUCCCGAACGUAUCAGCUCUGGUGGAGUCGCUCAAGCUGGUGCCAACCCUGGUGGCGGUACCUACAGCGUUCAAAGCGAUAUCUGGAGUUUGGGCUUGACCAUCAUCGAAUGCGCCAUGGGCAGAUACCCCUACCCACCCGAGACAUACGACAACAUCUUCAGUCAGCUGAGUGCCAUUGUCGACGGACAGCCCCCAGAUCUUCCCACCGGACAAUUCAGCGACGCGGCACGCAACUUUGUUGCAGGAUGUUUGAACAAGAUCCCCAAGCUUCGACCUACAUAUGCCAUGCUUCUCCAGCACGCAUGGCUCGCUCCGGAGUCAAAACCCGAGGCCAUUGCCGAAGAAGACGAAGAAGCUGCCGAAGCCGAGGAGGCGGCGGCAGCAGCACAAGGAGAAGGCAACGGUACGUCUGAGGGCGAUGCCGAGGCAGGAUCGAACCCGCAAGAGGUGCCCGAGUCGGAGAGAUGGGUCGACCGCGAGGUUGGUGAAUGGGUGCGCGGACAAAUCGAGAAGAAGAGAAACGGUACGCUGGGCAAGAAGGCGAAGCCUGCACUCCACGCGGCUCCGCUCGAUGCCACAUCGAGUACGCAAUCCAACAAAGGGGCCGUAGCAGUAUAA